ACAGCUUUACGCAAAUCAUCAUUAUUAUUUCUCGAUCUCUCUCUCCCACCGUUUGUUCACAUACUUUUCUAAACUCACCAGCUCCGACGAGUGCUCCGGCUACCUUUUGAUCGAGAAGUUUUAAAGAGAUGGAUAUGAUAAAACCAGACUUGCAUGUAGCACAACAAAUCCGGAGAGAUAAGUUUAGAGUUGAGCAGAUGAAUGAUUUUUCCAACACUUGGGGUCAUGACCAUCAGAACAUCAGAAUUCCCAACAACCUUGAUUUGAUUGGUAUCUUGCAGAACCAGAUCCCUGUACCGGUUCAAACCGAUCUCUAUCAAGAUUCUACCACAACCUUCAUGAACAUGCCUCAGUCGAUACAUAGAGGUCACCCACAAGGCUCUAGUAACUGGAGAAGCUGUGAUUUGUCACAACCGAGAUCUGAGGUUGGAGAUUUCUUUUCAAAUCAUUUCAGUUCUCGAAACCAAAUAUUAGACCGUCCUCUUUAUGUUGGCCGAGACACUAUUGCUCAGUCUAGCAUGACAUCAAGAAGUGAAGUUCCUUGUCUCAAGGAUAAUCAAAAGGGUUCUGUAACCUUUCUUGGCCAAAACAAUCUCGAGAAUAUAGUCACGGUGGCUUGUUCUGGUACUGGUAAUGAGACUUCAAAGAGCACUUAUGACCGAGGUACUCUAUCUGGAAGCUACCGAGGAGAACUUAUGUUUCUCCCAGGUUUGGAGAAUCAUUCAGUUGCGCAUAAUGCAAGCCAAUGGAACCAUAGGUCGAGUUGUAAAGAGCCAAUGAAUUUUUCUGCCACUUCUCAUACUAACAAGAAAGGCUUUUCACUCUCACUUUCGUCUGAAGUAACUCCUUUUAGAGAUAGUGGAGAUGUGGCUGUUUUGUCUAUGAUGAAUAUGAACGGUCCGCUCGGUCCUUUCACGGGAUAUGCAUCUAUUCUAAAGAGCUCGAGGUUCUUGGAGCCUGCUCAGAAUAUGUUAGAAGAUUUCUGUAUCUCUAAUGCUUUGAGGACUAUUAGUGGAAGCGAAUCUACUUCCAUGGAUAAUGACGACUCGUCGGAAAUUUUAUCUUCGACAAAUCACGCUGUUGACGGUUUUAGUAGUAGUUCGUCUGAGGCAUUAGAGCCCAAGAAUAGACUAAAGAGAGCAAAGCUUCUCGUUCUACAAGAAGAGGUUUGCAAGAUGUACAAAUUAUACAACCAUCAGUUGCAAACAGUUGUGUCUUCCUUCGACUCAGUCGCUGGCCUAAACACUGCAGCACCGUAUAUCUCUUUGGCUCUCAAACAGAUUUCAAGAAGUUUCAAGGCCCUUAGAACCGCAAUCUCGGAACAGCUGAAGCAAAUCUCAAGUACUCAAGACUCCUCAAGCGGUGACAACAACAUAUUCCAGAAGCAACAAAGAUCUUUGAUUGGUAACAAUGUCGAUUUCGAAUCUCAACAACAACAACAACAUAUUUGGAGGCCUCAAAGGGGAUUGCCCGAACGCGCAGUCGCUGCUCUCCGAGCAUGGCUCUUUGACCACUUUCUUCAUCCGUACCCCACUGAUUCUGAUAAGCAGAUGCUAGCCACUCAAACCAGUCUCUCUCGUAACCAGGUAUCAAAUUGGUUCAUAAAUGCACGCGUGCGAUUAUGGAAACCGAUGGUGGAGGAAAUACACAUGCUUGAGACCAAAGUCAUAAAAAGUAAGGAUUCUAUUUACAACAUGGAGCAAUCAUCAAUCAGGCCAAAUAUUCUUAGCAGUCUUCCAAACCGUAAACAAACGUUAAAGGACCUAUCCGGGUCAAAACGGCCAAGGGUAGACUAUGUUUGUGACAGUGGCAUGAACAUGAUGGGGUUCAAUAGAGGGCUAGGGAACGUGUCACUCACGUUAGGGCUUAUGCAUGGUGUGGAUAAUGUAAUCCAAACGCGGACGUCGCAGGAUCAUGAUCAUCAGAUUGGAACUGGAGGUCAGAUGUUUCAUGACUUUUGAGGGUUGAAACAUGUUUGUGUUUUUUGUUUCACUUAUGUGUUUGGGUCCAAAGUUAAAGACAUGUAGACAAAACAUGUUUG